AUGGAUCUUGUACCAAUUGCUGUUUUCCAUUAUUUUCACAAGCCCACAGGUUCCUAUCGUGGAUUUUUACUUGCGUGCUACGAUGUUGAGAAAAAGGAAUUCCAGAGCGUUUGUACAGUACUAGCUACUGCUGGAUUUUCUGAAGCCUUGCUUGAAGAGCGGUCUACGAGUCUUCGCUCUAAAGUGAUUAGUAUUCCACAAGUCUGGGAAGUGAAAGCAAUACACAUGAGGAUAUGCCCUUUUCAACGUGCAGCUAUCGGAAUUGUCGACCCUGAUAAGGGAAUCUGUCUCGAUUUACCUCGUUUAGUCCGUGUACGGGCAGACAAGAAGCCAGAGGAAGCAACAUCAUCUGUCAAGGUUGUUGAGAUGUUCAACCGCAUAAACAGAAGCAAUGAAGCCAGAGGCGCGGAUGAUUGA